AUGGCCGCCGUGGUGGAGCGGAGUCCCAGGGACGGGGAGGGGGAGGAGGAGCAGCUGGUUCUGGUGGAAUUGUCAGGAAUUAUCGAUUCAGACUUUCUCUCAAAAUGUGAAAAUAAAUGCAAGAUUUUGGGAAUUGACACUGAGAGGCCCAUUCUGCAAGUGGACAGCUAUGUAUUUGCUGGAGAGUAUAAAGACACUCUUGGGACCUGUGUUACAUUUGAAGAAAAUGUUGAACAUGUGGAUGCAGAAGGCAACAGUAAAACAGUGCUAAAAUAUAAAUGCCAUACGAUGAAGAAGCUCAGCAUGACAAGAACUCUUCUGACAGAAAAGAAGGAAGGAGAAGAAAGCAUAGGUGGUGUGGAAUGGCUGCAAACUGAGGAUAAUGAUUUCUCCAAUAGAACCAACAUGAUUUGUAACAUUCUACAUGAAAAUGAAGAUGAAGAAGUUGUAGCUCCAGCCCCAGAUAAACCGUUGGAGUUGGAAGAGCAAAACAUUCAAAUGAAAUUUAAUUAAAACCUGAGCUAUGAACAGGAAAAACCACUGCACUUGGAAAUAGAGGAUUCCGGUCCUCUUAUUGAUACUCCUUCUGAAACAGAAAGUUCUGUGUUUAUGGAAACUCAAGAUGCUGCCUUAGAAAUCACUCCUAGAUAAAAUGUUUUUAAUAAUAAAUAGAAUUUUUUAAAUUUUUAUAU